CGAAAAUGCUCUCCCGUGUUGUUGGAUUUCGAAAGAGCGCAGGACUUUGCGAUGAAAUAAUACAUUUUUACCCGUGAGGAGAACACAAACAAACCGCAUGUUUUUAAACUGAAGUUAUUCGCGUUCCCGUUAAGUGGCGAAACGGCGUUUUUGGGAGACUCCGACGGGAAGUUUGUGUGAUCGUUUUUCCCGGAGUGAUGUCGAAUCCUGGGACUCGGAGGAACGGGUCCAGCAUCAAAAUCCGACUGACAGUAUUAUGUGCCAAGAACCUCGCAAAGAAAGACUUCUUUCGCCUGCCAGAUCCAUUUGCCAAGGUUGUGGUGGACGGAUCAGGUCAAUGCCACUCGACAGACACAGUCAAGAGCACACUGGACCCCAAAUGGAAUCAGCACUACGACCUCUACAUUGGAAAGACAGACUCCAUCACCAUCAGUAUAUGGAACCACAAGAAGAUCCAUAAACGACAGGGGGCGGGCUUCCUGGGCUGCAUACGACUGCUUUCUAAUGCCAUCAGCAGGCUAAAAGACACAGGAUACCAGCGUCUGGAUCUGUGUAAGCUGAACCCCUCGGACAGCGACGCAGUGCGGGGGCAGAUAGUAGUGAGCUUACAGACGCGAGACCGCAUCGGCAGUGGAGGCCCCGUGGUGGACUGCAGAGGACUGUUGGAAAAUGAUGGGCCUGUGUUUGAGGGAUGUUUCAGUGAAGAGCCGCUGCCCUACUCCGACCCCACUGGUGCGGCGGGGGGCGGGAACUGUCGCCUAGACUCACCCAGUCAGGAGGGCCGUCUUCAGACGCAGCGAAUCAGAGGGCAGGACUCCAGAGGCCAUGGCCACACCCCUCAGAACAGACCUCAUGGGCACCAGCCGCCUGAUCUGCCAGAGGGAUAUGAGCAAAGAACAACAGUGCAGGGCCAGGUGUACUUCCUUCACACACAGACAGGCGUCAGCACUUGGCACGACCCUCGGAUACCGCGGGACCUGGCCAGUGUGAGCUGUGAGGAGCUUGGGCCGUUGCCAGUGGGCUGGGAGGUCCGAAGCACCGUGUCGGGCCGGAUCUACUUUGUGGACCACAACAACCGAACGACACAGUUCACAGACCCGCGCCUACACACCAUUAUCAGCCAGCAAUCCCAAGCGAAGGAGUCCUCACAACCCCCCCAGAUGGAUGUGGGGGGUGAGGAAGGAGGUGGAGGAGGUGUGGGCGGGGGAGGAGGAGGAGUCGAUGGAGACGUGGCGGCGCGCUACGAGAGAGACUUGGUGCACAAGUUGAAGCUGCUUCGACAUGAGCUGUCCUUGCAGCAGCCUCAAGCAGGACACUGUCGCAUAGAAGUGUCCCGAGAGGAGAUCUUUGAGGAGUCAUAUCGACAGAUAAUGAAGAUGAGGCCCAAAGACCUGAAGAAGCGUCUUAUGGUGAAGUUCAGAGGAGAGGAGGGCCUGGACUACGGUGGCGUGGCCAGGGAGUGGCUCUACCUGCUGUGUCAUGAAAUGUUGAACCCUUAUUACGGGCUGUUCCAGUACUCAACAGACAAUAUCUACACACUACAGAUCAACCCCGACUCCUCCAUUAACCCUGACCACCUGUCUUAUUUCCACUUUGUGGGUCGUGUGAUGGGCCUGGCAGUUUUUCACGGUCACUACAUCAACGGGAGCUUCACGCUUCCCUUCUACAAACAGCUGCUAGGCAAACCCAUCCAGCUCAAUGACCUGGAGACCACCGACCCGGAGUUGCACAAGAGCCUCGUCUGGAUAUUAGAGAAUGACAUCACUUCAGUCCUCGACCACACGUUCUGCGUGGAGCACAACGCCUUUGGGAAGUUCUUACAACAUGAACUGAAACCUAACGGCCGCAAUAUCCCCGUCACCGAGGAGAACAAAAAAGAAUACGUAAGACUUUAUGUGAACUGGAGGUUUAUGCGUGGAAUUGAAGCCCAGUUUCUGGCUCUACAGAAGGGAUUCAGUGAGCUCAUCCCCCAGCACCUCCUCAAACCUUUCGACCAUAAAGAACUCGAGUUGAUCAUCGGUGGACUGGGGAAGAUAGACCUUGCAGACUGGAAGACGAACACCCGGCUGAAGCACUGUACAAGUGAAAGCAACGUGGUGCGGUGGUUCUGGCAGGCGGUGGAGGCAUUCAGCGAGGAGAGGAGAGGACGCCUCCUGCAGUUCGUCACGGGCUCCACCAGGGUCCCUUUACAAGGGUUCAAGGCGCUGCAGGGUUCUACAGGUUCUGCAGGACCAAGACUCUUCACCAUCCAUUUGAUAGACGCCAACACAGACAACCUGCCCAAGGCCCACACAUGUUUUAACCGGAUAGACAUCCCUCCCUACGAGUCUUAUGAGAAACUCUACGAGAAACUGCUGACGGCUGUGGAGGAGACCUGCGGCUUCGCUGUCGAGUGAUCGGUCCACAAACCAACAUACACACAGUCACACUUGCGCUUGCACUUGCACACAAACUAUUUUGACAUUUGACAUAUACUAUAUACACACACACAUCAACAGAAUAUCGAGUAUACGCGGAGUAUACAGAGCGGCCAAGCAUCACAAGAACACGCGGUCUCUCGCCACCUCUUCACCACCGAACUGUUGGGGGUUAAAGGAGGAAGCACAGCGGGAGAGGAAGAGAUAAAAAAAAAAAAAAACAAAAGGAAAAAAAGACAAAAAAAUAAAAAAGUAUUUUAAAAUUUUUCAAAUGUUUUGAAGAAGCAUUUUUAUCCUUCAGUUUUAACAAGCUAUGAUGUCAUUCUUCAGAAUGUCUACCGCCGCAGCGACUCACAACGACACGAGUCAACGGACAGAAUCGGCCAAUCACAUGCGAGCCUGCGAACUUUAAAAUCAAACGUGUGAAGAACAAGGCGGAUUGUCUUUCUGUCUGACAAGCUGAUUGAUUGACUAGUAUUCAUGCUUCAUGUUUAACCACUGUCGUGUAUCAGAACGUGCGCAUGUUCGUGUGAUUGUGCGAUACAGCGAGAGAGUGAGACUGUAUUUGUGUGUGUGUGUGUGUGUGUGUGUGUGUGUGUGUGUGUGUGUGUGUGUGUGUAUGUGUCAGGCAUGGCACCCGGUUACGCUGUAAAACGAUCAAAUGAGCCUGCUCCUCUGUUUGGUAACUUUUUUGUCUCUUCCGUUUGUAUCUGCGACCACUCUGUCUGAUCCACUCUGAUAUUUUAUUAUUUAUUACUAAGUGAUUACUGACCAAGCUGCUAUCUGCUCUACGAAGAGCCCACACUAAUCUCUCCAUCACCCCCUCUAUCAGAGUUGAAGGGUCAAUUCACUUGUAAUUCAAGUAAUCCACAAAGUGGGUUUUAUUGAAUUUUGUUACAUUUUUUUAAUAUUCACAUUAUUGCGGAGAAAUUCUCUUUGUCAGUGUAUGAAACUGUUUGUGUUUUGGUUUUUUUAAAGGUCCAGUGUGUAAGAUUUAGGGGGAUAAAAUGGCAGAAAUUGAUUUUAAGUAUGUUUUCUUUAGUUUUCAUCUACGGAGGUCGCUGUGUUGCACCUCCAUGUUUCUACAGUAGCCCUGAUCGCACAAACCAAACACUGGCUCUAUACAGGGAGAAUCCCGUUUCGACAGCCACCGUACUGAACAGCUGCUCCGCGCUAAGCCAAACAGCAUUGGAAAAAUGCAGAUUUGUAACAUAAAACUGCUUUAUUUAGUGUUUUUAUCAGUUUAAAUCGCUGGGUUAGAUUGUUUUAGAAAGGAGGAGACCUCUAUGGAUAAUUCGUCUCCCGGUAAAAAUCUUCUGAACGUCCGGAUUUUAAGUUUUCAGAGAAAAAAGGCUAGCACACUUUAGCAGGUGCUCUUCACAGACUGACUGAAAAGCAUUGGAGAAACACUGAUUUAUGAAGUGUAACUGCUUUAUUUAGUGUUUUUAGUGUUACAUCACUGGGUCGGUCUGUGAUGAGACAGAAACAGAUCUCCGCAAAUAAUUCGGCUCCUGGUAAAAAUCUCCUGAAUGUCUUAUCAGGUAAAAUAGUUGAGCACAGGCUAGCAGGUGCUGGGCUAGUGGCACGUCUGAGACGAGCCGAACAGAAUCACAGAAACGCUGAUUUCUAUUGUGAAACUGCUUUAUUCAGUGUUUUCAUCUGUGAUACCUCCACAGAUAAUUUGGCUCCUGGUAAAAACUGCCUGAACAUCUCGAUUAGGAGAAUAAGUGAGCACACUUUGACGAAUUCUUGUCAUGGACAUACCAAACAGUGUUGGAGAAAAAGUGAUUUUAACGUGAUACUGCUUUAUGUAGUGUUUUUACGCUUUUAAUCACCUCAUCAGUUUGUUUUGGAGAGGAAGAGACCUCUGCAGAUAAUUCGGCUCCCGUUAAAAACCUCCAGAACAAUGAACGCAGAAAGAAUUUUAAUCAGAAUAAGUUUCAGCUGGUUGCAUUUGGCAGUUCUCACCACUAGAUGUCACUAAAUUCACCUAAAUCCUACACACUGCUCCUUUAAAUGCCAUGUUACAUUCAUUUAACGUGAAAGGGAUUGAUCCUCCCAGCCCUAAUUUUAAAACCUAACUCUCCCGACGUUAUAGAGGUCCGAGGGCGCGACCUGGAUAUUUAAUAAAAAUGAGCCACGAGGACAGAAAGAAGGAGUUCAGGAAUUCUUUGGUUGUAUGUGACAUGUAUAAUAAAAUCUCACAAGCCUUUUUCAUACAUGUUUCAUCAUCCAUUUCACCAUCUUUAUUAUUUUUUUCUUUGUGGCCCUGAUGUUUCUCUGCCCGUCUCUUUUUCUUCAUAGCCUGAAUGUUAGAAAAAGUAGUCCUCGUCUUCAAGACCACCAUGAAUGAACAAAGUCUCUCUGCAGUCAUUUAUCCUCCAACGAAGUGAAUGAAAUCAAAAACCUAAAUGUCGAGCGAGUAACGUGGAAAACAAAAUUGGGAUUUGUUGUAGAUUGAUAACUGAAGACUGUUAAGCAGUAUCAUUUCAAUCUGCAUUUUCUAGGUUCACUGUGUAAUGGAUGCAAGAGUAUUGUAACUUACUAUGUACUAAACAUUUAUGAAAAAAUACAAUGUAAAUAAGAUUAUAUUAAAAGAAAUUAAAUUGAAAAUAAA